AUGGGUUUUGAUGGAAGAUGGAUCAACUUGGUUAUGUCUUGUGUGGGUACUAUCUCUUACAUGAUCUCCCAUGGGGGGAAGGAGUUAGGUCCCAUUACCACACAAAAAAGUCUUCGUCAGGGUGAUCCUUUAUCACCAUAUCUAUUUAUCCUCUAUGCCAAGGGAUUCUCAAGUUUGUUGUGUAGCUAUGAACAGAGUGGAUUAAUUAUGAGCUGCAAAAUUGCUAGAGGAGCAUCAAUUAUUUCACACAUUCUUUUUGCAGACGAUAGUUACAUAUAUUGUAAAGCUACUGAGGAAGAAGCGCAUAAUGUGAAUGAAUUAUUGUACACUUAUGAGGUGGCUUCGGUUCAAAAGAUUAUUUACAACAAGUUGUCUGUUUUCUACAGUAAUAAUACCAGCACUUAUCAACGCGAUACAAUCUGUCAAAUGCUUGACAUCUAUGAGGCGGAUGAGAAUGGAACUUAUUUGGGUCUCCCUUAUUCUGUUGGUAAGAACAAGAAUGUCAUCCUUGGUUUUCUUAAAGACAAAAUAAGGAAAAAAAAUCCAGGGAUUGGAAGGACGAAUUUUAUCUCAAACAGGGAAGGAAGUGUUGCUGAAAUCAGUUGCACAAUCAAUUCCUAG